AUGCGGUUACGCAUUCUCAUUGUCCUCUUCUUCCUUCUCAUCGUACUCGCCAUUCUCGGUUUUGCUCCCAUUCAGUUGGGUGGAAAGGUCAAUGACAAGGUGCUUCACUAUACAGCCUUUCUGAUCCUCGGCAUUUGUCUUUAUUUCCUAUGGGAUCUCUCCUAUAAACGUAACCUCCUUCUUGCCUCGGUCAUCUUGUUCUCGGCUGCUAUCCUUAGUGAAUGCAUUCAAGGCCUUUUACCGUACCGCACAUUUGAUCAAUACGAUAUUCUCGCCAACCUACUUGGAGGCGUCACAGGAUUAUUAUCAGCAUUCUUGAUCGAUUACUUUUUUACAUCAAGGCGUGAGCAUCGUCGUCGAUGGGGUGGCAAACGUGAAGCCGAGUAUCAACGGGCCUUGAUGGAUGAAUCUGAUCUUGAGCUCAACGAAGAAAGCGAUCAUGACGAGCAUCACCGAUAA